UGUUCGACGACAAAAGUAAAUUUUUAAGUAAGCUGGGCUAGUACUGUUUUAACUCUUUGAAUUAUAACUUCUAGGUAAAAAAUUUUGAGAGCGAAAGUUAUUAAAUUAAAAUGCUCGAAAACUCCGAAGUUUAUAUGGUAAAAGAAAGUAAACUUUAUAAUGAAGCUGUUUCUCUAACAGGUUAUGGCAUAUACAACAUUUUUAUUCUGCUGGCAACGGGUGGCUGUUUGAUGUGCGUCAUCAUCGAGACAAUGUCGAUGGCGUUCAUCAUCCCCGCGGCACAAUGUGACUUGAAUCUGAAUUUAUCCGAAAAGGGAAUUCUAGCAUCUAUUAGCUUCUUGGGUGUGAUGACGACCUCCCAGUUUUGGGGCUUCUUGGCGGACACCAGGGGCAGAAAGAACAUUCUGGUUUUUUGUUUGAUAUCCAGUUCCUUAGUUAGUCUAGGUUGCAGUUUAGUGCCUUGGUCUUGGCUGUUUAUUUUGUUACGAUUUAUUAAUGGAGCAUUAAUUGGUGGAUCUUCUUCAAUAAUAUAUGCUUUUGCUGGGGAGUUCCACAGCGACCGAUUUAGACCAAUGAUAGUAUCAUGGAUAAGUUCUUUUGUAGCAGCUGGACAAAUGUAUAUACCAGGUAUGGCAUGGAAAUUGUUGCCAAACACUUGGAGCUAUGAUUUGGAAGGUUUAGGAAUCACUUUUCGUCCAUGGAGACUCUUAAUAAUUGUAUAUGCUCUACCAAGUUUAUUUGUGGCUGCCAUGUUAUCAAUUUUGCCCGAAAGUCCAAAAUACCUAUUGUCAAGAGGAAAACACGAUCGAACGUUGAGAAUAUUAACAAGAAUGUUCGUUAUAAACAAAAAUAAGAAAUCUCAUGAAUAUCCUGUGUCAACAAUCAUCUUGGACGAAAUCCUAACAGAAAAAAACGAAGAGAAAGUCAAUGUAUUUUUGUCGAUGUGGAGACAAACAGUACCCUUGUUUAGAAAAGAAAAUAUAAUUAAAACUGUAUUAAUUUGUUAUAUGCAAUUCGGCGUUUUUAUGUCGGCUUCUGCUUUGGCCUUAUGGUAUCCUGAAAUUUUAAACAGUAUGGACCGAUAUAGUAAAAAAGUUAGCGCUAAUGACGUUACACUUUGCGCAUCUAUUAACUAUAAUAAUGAUUCUGUAACCAAAUCUAACUUAUUAGGAUAUAACAUAUUCGAAGAUCUAUUCAGAGCGAAUGAAACUGAUCAAAAUAAUGAAGUUUGCGACGAUACAGUUAACACAAGUGUUUUUCCAGUGGUACUCAGCAUAGGAGCCGCCAUCGGAAUUAGUUAUAUAGUAAUUGGUAUUCUAGUCAAUAAAAUAGACAAGAAGUAUUUACUUGUUGCUGCUACCGUAAUAACUGGCAUAUGUGGACUAAUAGCGCAGUAUAUUUCCGGAUAUAUGACAAUACAGAUUUUAACUGGGAUAUAUCUGUUGAUAUCUUCUUGUAUAGGUAUAGUUAAUGCUCUGGUUGUCGAUCUGUACCCAACCAACAUUAGAGCGAUGGCUUUAGCAAUAUCGCUAAUGUUUGGAAGAUUUGGGGCGAUGGUUGGAUCGAAUGUUGUAGGAAAUAUUUUCUAUAAUUAUUGUGAUUAUAUGUUUAUUAUGUUUGCGAUUAAUCAUUUGAUCUUGAUUGCUGCCAUCGUUUUGCUACCAACUAAGAAAAUCAGCAAAAUAUUACUGGGUUCUGAUAAAUAGGUGUAAGUAUGUUAUGAUGUAUUGUAAUAUUUUUAUAUGGAAAAUUAUUUUUGUUCAAUAAAAAAUUUGGAAAGAUAUA